UGAAUCCGUAUGCGACGCCAACGAUGUACUUGCAGCAGCAUCUCAAGCAACUAUCCAAUCACAUCAUCUUUCGCAGCCUGCACUACGUGUUCAUUGCCGUCCAGCUGCGCGACGAGCUGACGAAGACCUCGGCCGGACGCAGCUGCCAGAAGACGCGACCGUUUACGGUGUGGCUAACCCAUAUACUACUGAGCUAUGCGGGCGAUAUACUUGUCAAUCUGCUGCUGGGCGUAUUGCCACUGGAGCCACUGAACAAUGGUCAAGAUGUGGCGCUAUGCACAGCCGCCUGGUAUAUCGUCUUCUAUAGCCCCUUCGAUGUGGUCCAUGCUGCGGCACGUAAUGUGUUCUGCCGCAGCCUGGUCGCACCUGUCACGGCGAUCAACCAGGUGCUACACAUCGAGCGUGGCGUGCAGCUGGCGACCAAGAUAUAUGGACGAAAUGCCUCGCUGCCCAUACUUAUCAUUGGCACAGUGAUUGGAAGUGGAGCCGAAUUCCUAAAGCCAGUUGCUGCGCUGCUCAUCAAUCGAUGCCAGUUGCAAAAUGUCGCCUAUGUGAAGCUGAGCACCAACUCCAAGCUGGCUCUGGGCAUCACCUGUCUAUAUCUGAUGCAGCUGAAUCACGGCUGUCUGCUGUUCGGUCUGCGGCGACGUGAGCUGCGGAUCUACGUGCUGCUCGGUCUGUCGAUCUUCAAGAUAUGUGCUGUCUUCUAUCGGGUGGACCAUGUGAUCUGGGAACUCGAGAAUCGUUUGUGCUAUGCGCUCUUUGGCGGCCUCAAUGCGGACUUGAACAAGUUUUUCAAACGGAAAAUAGCGCUGGCAUCACGCAAAUCGUUUACAAAACUUGAUUGAACCUGCAUAGAUAUAUAUAUCAUAUAUCAGAUAUGUAUAUCUGGUGAGGCACUCGAGUGGGUCGGCCACAAUGGAACCAUGUGCAUUCAUUUGAAAGAUGUUUCGCUUCAUUUGCGUAGCCCCAGCGACAGCUCCGAUUACAUAAGCUGCCACGCGUGGCGCCAUCUAGCGCUAAGCGGCUUAAAUGCGAGCGAACAGGAUUCAGAGGCAGGCAUGGCGGGUGUCUCAAACGGGUUUUUUAUACCGAGUACUUCCACAUGUGUGUGUAUGUGUGUGUGUGUGCGCGCUCGGACUGUUUAUAACAAUACAGCGAGAAUUGUGGUUCAAUGUAAAAAAUGUAUACAGAUAACUUUAAUAUGCAUUGCGCCAUUGAAACAUUUUACAGGGUAUAGUUAGUACUGCCUAAGAUAUUCGUAUUAAAUAAAGAACUUACCAGAAGAUGAG